AUGGUUGGACGGAGCCAGGUGCCUGGAUUGCAUCUUCAUCUGGGCUGCAGUGCAGGGCCGGGAAUACGGGUGUGUGCUGCAGAGAGUUUGCCGUCUUCGGCAGGACAUUCUCUUUCUCUGUCUCGCUCGGCCAGAGUCGGGCAGCUUAGGCCGUUUGCUCUUUUGCAGCGGCGUCCCAAAACCGGCGCGACCGCAGCAAACCAUCAGGACAAGCAAGGUUUUUAG